AUGUUAAACUUGAGUCUUCAAGGAAGAAACCAGACGGUUUCAGAUUUGAUCAGAAUGAUAAACGGAUUCCGGAAUAAGCUGAACGUGUUUAAACGUGCUUUGGAAAAGAACAACCUGACACACUUUUCUAGCUGUCUGCAAAUAGCAGAAGAAUUCAACGGUGAGGAAAAUAUUGAGUUUUCAUCCUGCAUUUCACAAAUUGGACAAGUUAUUGAUGAAUUCAAUACAAGAUUUGAAGAAAUUAAAAGUCUCAAAAGCAGUGUACUACUUUAUAAUAACCCUCUUGGAGCAACCAUUGAUGAUCAACCACCCAACUUACAGCUUGAGUUAUGUGAUCUUCAAGCAGACAUGUUCCUAAUCACCAGACAAGAAAAGGGACCUGAAUUUUUCAAAUUACUGUCAAAGGAGAAAUUCCCAAACCUGCGAGAUUUUGGACUGAAAAUGACGUCAAUGUUCGGAAGCACAUAUACAUGUCAAAGUGCCUUUUCCUCCAUGAAAUACAUAAAAAACAAAAACAGAAGCAACCUUACCGAUUCUUCCUUACGUCAUCUUAUGAGACUGUCUACAACUGAACUGGAGGUGGACAUUUCUUCAUUGGUGGAUGAAACCGAUCGACCACAGUCCUCACACUAA